AUGUCUGGUUUUCCAGUAACGACUCUUGCCACGCACAAAGUGCAAUGUGCAGAUAUGCGCAGUCUUGCCCAGGUUCCAUGUCCUUUUCCACUUGGGCCUUUCGACCACUUGCUGCCGCCGUUUGCCACAAUCGCGGUCGUCUUUGUAUGGAGGAAACCGCUUGGGACUGAUACCGCUGCUGGUGGCCCAAUCAUUGCAUUUGACCUUCUGCACUUGGCGCUUUCUCGGUUACUGGACUUCUACCCACAUCUGACCGGUCGAGUGCGUAUUAAUGCUAAGGAUGGAAGCACCGAAAUCUAUCAACUGGGUGAGGGUGCAGAGUUACAUAGCGCGGUAUGUGAAUCGCCACUCCGUCAAGACGUGGUGCAGCUGGCCCCGGAUGAUAUGCCAGGAGAGGGCAAGGCACUGCUUGCAGGAUAUAGUGGCACACCGGAGGGCUUUCCCAAUGAGCCAAUCCUGAGCAUUCAACAUACGCGAUUCGGGUGUGGUUCAGUCUCACUAGGUGUGCGUUUAAACCACACUGUCGGCGACGCGCAUGGCUUUUCGCAACUGAUGGAAGAUCUCGCCGAGAUUUACCGCGAAUUGCGCACAGCAAUGCGAAUGAGCUCACCGUUGGAAGAUGUGCAGCUGCAGCAACUGCCCUGCAUCACAUCUUACCUAUCUGAUUUUGAGUUAGGUCCGCGGGAAUCUGAGAUAGCAUUGAACACAAAGCCGGCUGAUUAUCACGUCGAACAAACACCAACUAUGAUGGACUUUAAGUCUAACAAGCUUGUCACCGGAAAGUUGCUACAUUUCACCCGAGGUGAACUCCUCGCCUUGAAAAAUGCCGCAAGUAGCUGCCAGUGGGUUUCAACGUUCGAAGCACUCUCGGCACACCUCUGGCUGAGCGUUCAACGCGCACGAAUUCAUCAUCAAAAUUUAAGCAAGACGGCUGUAGAUGUCUGUGAUGAUACUGCAGAUCUUCUCACAUCACUUGACUGGAGAUCACGAACACGGCUGAAUCUUCUACCGAGAUACUUCCCGAAUGCAGUAUCAGAGCCUCAUAUAACAUUAUCACUCAACAAGCUUUCCGAUGAUUCGUUACCGCAAACCGCACAAAUAAUCCAUGAGACGCUACGAGCAAAAACGCCGGCAGAUCAAUAUGAAACCUUAUUAUGGGUCAUGGCGCAGCCGAACAAGAGCAAUAUCAGUCUACGGUUCCGGUUCAACGAUAAAAGCUUCAUUAUAAGCCAGUGGAAUAAGCUCAACAUGUACGGGAUUCAUUUUGACACCGACACGCAGGGCAACUGUAUACUUCCUGACAGGGUGUGGCCCCCUUUUACGGAGGCUUCAUUAGUAGACGGCCUUGCUUAUUUUCUACCAACUAAAUGCAAGGCGAGCACUGGCAUCCACGACUCUGACAUAGAGGUUGCCUUGUCACUGCAUGACCCACUUUGGGCCAUUCUUGAAAACGACACGCACUUUCGGAAAUUCCGUGAAUAA